CCUGCCAGCUGAGAUGCCGUUUCCUUCUGAUUUGUAUCAGAACCAUUUAAUGCCAAAUCAAAUAAUUCCAGACCCAACGCAAUAUACAGACCAGUAUGGAUAUGUGCAUUAUGGGGAUCAAUGGCGGGGGGCAGGGCAACAUCUCCCAUGCGGUCACAGACACCGUGAUUCCAGAACCAUGUGAGGAAUACCACAUCUCAGAAUACUGCAGUCGAAAGGAAGAAUGCUUCAAGAUGCACCUUUGUGCGGAUUUCAUCAUGGGAGCUUGCCAGGGGUGCAAGCUAAACCACGACAUCUUGGAUUCACAGUGUGAGAAACUGCUUAAAAAGGCCAAGGUUGAUUUGAGACAAACAAGAAAGGACUUGUGUAACUUGCUGAAGGUGAAAUGGGCUGUAAACAUGGACGAGAUCAAGAAAUGGAAGGCAGAGAGGAAAGAAGAAACGAAGACUUGUUAUGCCACGUUUCCCCCCGUCCAAUCUGUCACGAAAAUGUGUUAUGCCCACGAAAAUUUGGAAUCCUGCGGUAACAAAGGGUGGAAAAUGUUCGAGGACUUCAUCACAACAGAGAAUAUAUCAAAAUACAUAUUUUCAUCUCAUGAGGGAGAUGAUGAGGAGGAAGAGGAAGAGGGAGAUGAUGAGGAGGAAGAGCAAGAGGGAGAUGAUGAGGAGGAAGAGGAAGAGGGAGAUGAUGAGGGGGAAGAGGAAGAGGGAGAUGAUGAGGAGGAAGAGGAAAAGGAAACCUUCAAUGUUGAUAUUGAGGAAAACUUCGAAUCCGGCGGUAGCAGAGAGAGGAACAUGUGGGAGGACUUGAUCCCAGCAGAAAAUAUACCAAAGGACAUUCCUUCAUCUUAUGAGGGAGAUGAUGAGGAGGAAGAGGAAGAGGAAACCUUCAAAUUUGCUAUUGAGGACUGUGAUGCGGUUCCGGUUGGUUUCAAUAGCCCAGUUACCACGUCUGAAGAAGAGCCUGAAAAAGUGGGCUUCGCGUUCCUCGGAGAAGGCUAUAAUGGUGCACAAGGACGCCUAUGGAACUUGAGUGCUACAGUCGACAUAUUACACCAUAUUCAAGAAGCUAAAAGAACCCUUAAAGUAGUGAAGAGCAGACGAGGUGAUCGAGAUGGGGCGAAAGACGAAGAGAUUCUUGGGGGAGAGUAUGGGGAGGAUCGACAGAGAAUCCUGAGAGAAGCGGUCGGCAGAUUUCGGCAAGGAAUCGGGGGUCAGCAUCCCGAAAGUGUGGUGGCCCUGAUGGGAGACGAGAGGGGAUGGGUGGGGAUCGGAGUUCUCCGUCCCGGCCCUCCCAAGCCGUCCUUUCUCCGGGUCCUGGAUCAUACGUUCCAGGAUGCCAGCGACGGGGAAGAGGUGAAACUGUGGGGGGGCUUGGGGUCGUGCUGGGGAGGGAUGGCAGACCGAGUCUUCCUCUUCGCUCGGAAGAAGACGUUCGUCGUGGAAGUGGACGGAGAAACGUCCUGGAGUCUCCCAGAUGAUCGGUCCAUCUCCUCUCUUCCCUUUCUUUCCUCACCUUUCCACGUUUCCUUGUCAACGUGCCUCGUACCAUGCACCGUGCCUGGGAAAGGGUUCUAUCUCUUUGGGGGAAGGUCGGGAGACGGGAAGAGAUCUCUGUCGGACGCUGCCAUGUUUCUUCCCGAGGUGGGAGGAGGGGUCUGGCUUUCUCUGCCCGAUCUCCCGAAGAAGAUGUACGGGGCAGCAGGGACGGCUCUUAAAGAUGGCUCCUUCCUCAUUAUCGGUGGAAGGGAUGGAAGGAAGAAUAAAGUGUUGAAGACGGCAUAUGUGUUUGACCCGCGCAAGGGUAAGAGAUACGACCCCCUCACGGACAUGCCGGAACCGGCGGUAGCGGCAGCAGCGACAGUGUGGAAGGGGACGCAAGUCAUAGUCGCUGGUGGAAUCACAGGGAAGAACGGGGAAGAAGCCUCCUCCGAGGUCAGAGUCUUCGAUCUGAGGGCGAGAGCAUGGGAAACGUCCUCUUCUUCCCCCUGGCCCUGUCUCCGUACCCCGAGGUGGUGUCUCGGCCUGGUGAAAGAUACGCAGGACCGGGUGAUCGCCCUCGGCGGCGGGAAGGGUCUCGCCACGCCUGUCCGAACAUUGGAAGCGUUGGGGGAGGGUGGAUGGAAGGAAUCGCGCCUUCCUCACGCUCUUACUGGCUGCUUCCAUCCUCGGGACAUACUGUGA